GCGCAAUGGGCCGGGCGACGUGGCCCACCGCGCCCGGAAGUAGCCUGUGGAGAGCCGCCGCCGACUACGCUGCGAGCAGUGCUCGGCCCCGAGCUGCUGCGCCGCGUCCUCCGGCAUCACUAUGUUGAAGAAAUUCGACAAGAAGGACGAGGAGUCGGGUGGAGGCUCCAACCCUUUCCAGCACUUGGAGAAGAGCGCCGUUCUCCAGGAGGCCCGUGUGUUUAAUGAGACCCCCAUAAACCCUCGAAAAUGUGCCCACAUCCUCACCAAGAUUCUGUACCUCAUAAACCAGGGGGAGCACCUGGGAACCACCGAAGCCACGGAGGCCUUCUUUGCCAUGACCAAGCUCUUCCAGUCCAACGAUCCCACACUCCGUCGGAUGUGCUACUUGACCAUCAAGGAGAUGUCCUGCAUCGCAGAGGAUGUCAUCAUUGUCACCAGCAGCCUGACGAAAGACAUGACCGGGAAGGAAGACAACUACCGGGGCCCGGCCGUGCGAGCCCUCUGCCAGAUCACUGACAGCACCAUGCUGCAGGCUAUUGAGCGCUACAUGAAGCAGGCCAUUGUGGACAAGGUGCCCAGCGUCUCCAGCUCUGCCCUGGUGUCCUCCCUGCACCUCCUGAAGUGCAGCUUCGACGUGGUCAAGCGCUGGGUUAAUGAGGCUCAGGAGGCGGCAUCCAGCGAUAACAUCAUGGUCCAGUACCACGCGCUCGGGCUCCUGUACCACGUGCGCAAGAGCGACCGGCUGGCCGUCAGUAAGAUGGUCAGCAAGUUCACGCGACACGGCCUCAAGUCGCCCUUUGCCUACUGCAUGAUGAUCCGGGUGGCCAGCAAGCAGCUGGAGGAGGAGGACGGCAGCCGGGACAGCCCGCUGUUCGACUUCAUCGAGAGCUGCCUGCGCAACAAGCACGAGAUGGUGGUGUACGAGGCGGCCUCCGCCAUUGUCAACCUGCCAGGCUGCAGCGCCAAGGAGCUGGCCCCGGCUGUGUCAGUGCUCCAGCUGUUCUGUAGCUCCCCCAAGGCCGCCCUGCGCUAUGCUGCCGUCCGUACCCUUAACAAGGUCGCCAUGAAGCACCCCUCAGCGGUGACGGCCUGCAACCUGGACCUGGAGAACCUGGUCACAGACUCGAACCGCAGCAUUGCCACACUGGCCAUCACCACCCUGCUCAAGACAGGCAGCGAGAGCAGCAUCGACCGCCUCAUGAAGCAGAUCUCCUCCUUCAUGUCCGAGAUCUCAGAUGAGUUCAAGGUGGUGGUCGUCCAGGCCAUCAGUGCCCUGUGUCAGAAGUACCCACGCAAGCACGCCGUCCUCAUGAACUUCCUGUUCACCAUGCUACGGGAGGAGGGCGGCUUCGAGUACAAGCGUGCCAUUGUGGACUGCAUCAUCAGUAUUAUCGAGGAGAACUCGGACAGCAAGGAGACGGGGCUGUCACACCUGUGCGAGUUCAUCGAGGACUGUGAGUUCACGGUGCUGGCCACACGCAUCCUGCACCUCCUCGGCCAGGAGGGGCCCAAGACCAACAACCCCUCUAAGUACAUCCGCUUCAUCUACAACCGUGUGGUUCUGGAGCACGAGGAGGUCCGUGCAGGCGCUGUGAGUGCACUGGCCAAGUUUGGAGCCCAGAAUGAGGAGAUGCUGCCCAGCAUCUUGGUGCUGCUGCGGAGGUGCGUGAUGGACGAUGACAAUGAAGUCCGGGACCGGGCCACCUUCUAUCUCAGCGUGCUGGAGCAGAGGCAGAAGGCUCUGAACGCAGGCUACAUCCUCAACGGUCUGACUGUGUCCAUCCCUGGCCUGGAGAGGGCGUUGCAGCAGUAUACUCUAGAACCUUCAGAAAAGCCCUUUGACCUCAAGUCUGUGCCCCUGGCCACCGCGCCUGUGGCAGAGCAGAGACCAGAGAACACACCCGUUGCAGCAGCCAGGCAGCCUGAGAAGGUGGCCACCACCCGGCAGGAGAUCUUCCAGGAGCAGUUGGCGGCAGUGCCGGAGUUCUGUGGGCUGGGGCCCCUCUUCAAGUCCUCACCUGAGCCUGUGGCCCUCACUGAGUCAGAGACGGAGUAUGUCAUCCACUGCACCAAACACACCUUCACUGACCACAUGGUGUUCCAGUUUGACUGCACAAACACACUCAACGACCAGACCCUAGAGAACGUCACCGUGCAGAUGGAGCCCACAGAGGCCUACGAGGUGCUCUGCUGUGUGCCUGCCCGGAGCCUGCCCUACAACCAGCCUGGGACCUGCUACACACUGGUGGCACUGCCCAAGGAUGACCCCACAGCUGUGGCCUGCACGUUUAGCUGCAUGAUGAAGUUCACUGUCAAGGACUGCGACCCCACCACCGGGGAGACCGAUGACGAAGGCUACGAGGAUGAGUACGUGCUAGAAGACCUGGAAGUCACUGUAGCCGAUCACAUCCAGAAGGUCAUGAAAGUGAACUUCGAGGCGGCUUGGGAUGAAGUAGGGGAUGAGUUUGAGAAGGAGGAGACAUUCACCUUGUCAACCAUCAAGACGCUUGAAGAGGCAGUGGGCAACAUCGUGAAGUUCUUGGGGAUGCACCCCUGUGAGAGGUCAGACAAAGUGCCGGACAGCAAGAACACCCACACCUUGCUCCUGGCAGGUGUGUUCCGGGGUGGUCAUGACAUCCUGGUGCGCUCCCGCCUGCUGCUUUUGGACACGGUGACAAUGCAGGUGACAGCCAGAAGUUCGGAGGAGCUGCCAGUAGAUGUCAUCUUGGCGUCUGUGGGCUGAGGCCAGCCUGCAGGGCCCUGCCCUUCAACCUCCCCCAGGCUAGGUGGAAAUCAGCCUCCUGGACCAAAACCCUUCCCAAGCCUCUGUACACAAAAGCAGUUAGGAAUCAUCGCGGACAUUUUUAAAUCUAAGCUCCGUCUUGUCAGGACUGCUGGGGUAACUUUUGUAGUGGGGGGGAUUUUAGCCUGUUCUGUCCUCGGAAAAGGACGGUGACCGACCUUCACGCCUUCUCUUGGAUUUAACCCCAAAGAAACCGUGUUAUCCCUGUAAUAAAUAAGCAUGUAUUUAUCGAUU